UAACGUCCCUUUAAAUUUGACAGGUUGUACACGAAAACCACAGAUGUAUUUUUGAAGUUUUGGAAUAGAAAGGCACUGACUUCUGGCAUCGAAACUCGUCUGCUAAGAAGUAACUUAACAUGGCUUCUCCUCUGAAGGACCCACAGAUCGCCAAAAAGCUGGUGGAGAGUCUUCAGGGAGAUUUGAGGUCGCUGUCGGCUGAGGGGAAGAGAAAAUAUCCGCACGUCAAAGAGGCGUCAGAACAAAUUCAGUUGAAGUUGCGAACAAUUUGUACAAAGAGCGAGGAUGUAAUGUCAGGAUUGGUUCCCGCCAGUGCUGAGAUAAUCCAGCCCUUUGUGAUGGGAUGCGACACCAAGAAUCCAAAGAUCGUCCAAUUAUGUCUGACCUCUGUCCAAAAGCUCAUCUCCCACGAAGCCAUUUCUGUUACUGCGGCUGACAAUAUACUGGGCAUGCUAUGGAAUCUAAUGGAAGCAGGACUAGAGGAACUCAAACUGUUACAAACAGCCAUAAUCCUGAUUACCACAAACUCUGUGGUACAACACGACUCAUUGGCCAAGGCUUUAGUUCUUUGUUUUCGACUUCACUUUACCAAGGACAGUACAACGAUAAAUACUGCUGCGGCCACCAUUAAACACUUGGUCAGCUGUGUGUUUGAAAGAGUGGUCACUGAGGAUAAAGUUCCGCUUCAAGCUUCAACAAGUGAAGUGAGUCUAGAGGAGCUGAAGAACCACAGUAAGACCCCGCCGCAUUCCUUGCGCCCCUGUGCAGGUGAUGCCUACCUGUUAUUUCAGGACCUCUGUCAGCUAGUGAAUGCUGAUCAGCCAUUUUGGUUGGUUGGAAUGACUGAGAUGACCCGCACGUUUGGGUUGGAGCUGCUGGAGGCCGUAUUAACCGCAUUUCCACAAAUAUUUCUACAGCAUAAAGAGUUCAGCUUCCAGCUGAAAGAGAAGGUGUGCCCACUGGUCAUAAAGCUCUUCUCCCCGAGCCUGAAGUACCGCCAGGGAAUGCCACCUCCCCCCUCCCCCACCCCGGUGGAGAGACCGUUCUUUCCCAUAGUCAUGAGGCUCCUCAGAAUCGUCUGUGCCCUGAUCAAACAUUAUUACUGUAUUCUGGUGACAGAAUGUGAGAUCUUCUUGUCUCUGUUGGUCAAGUUCUUGGAUUCAGAGAAGCCCAAUUGGCAGAGAUGUCUGGCUCUGGAGGUGCUUCAUAAGCUUAGUGUACAGCCUGACUUACUGAGGUCUUUCACACAGAGUUACGACAUGAAGCUCCACUCCACAAAGAUUUUCCGGGACAUCGUGAAUGGCGUGGGGACUUAUAUUCAGUCUCAGUUUAUGAACCCUUCCCUAAGCACAACCACUACAGGUAACAAAACCCCGGACACUCAUGGAACCCCUCCUGCCCUGGUUGGAGGUCUGCCUGUGGGUGGGGGUGUGACCCCCCAGGCAGCCUUCAUGUAUAGGGGGGUGUGGAUCCCCAUAGUGUUCACCGUCCCUGCAGGACAAGCAAGACCCACAUAUCUGGAGAUGCUGGAUAAAGUGGACCCUCCCACCAUUGCCGAUGGUUACGGCCUCUCUUUGGCCUUCUACUGCCUACUAGAGGUCGUCAAAAGUGUCCGCAUUCUAGUGCAGGGAGAACCAGUCAAUGAAAACCAGUCACAAACUAGCUCAAUCAAAAAGAAUAUAUCGGCGGAGGAGCGUGGACUUGACGAGGAGUUGAUCAAUUCGUCGUGGUGCGGAUUACUGGCUGCGCUAUCUCUCCUACUGGAUGCAAGCACUGACGAGAGCGCCACCGAGGCGGUGCUGAAGUCGAUGAAGAUGUUCGGGGAACUCUGUGGGGAGCUGGAGAUGACCACCCCCCGGGACGCCUUCAUCACUGCCCUCUGUAAGGCGUCCCUCCCCCCUCACUACACCCUCACCAUCCUCAACUCUACAGCAGCCGCGCAGAACCAAGGGCUGCAGUCAAAAGAUCACUCUAGAUCCUCUAGUCAAGAUUUAGCUUCCUUAGCAACAGAGUCAGUGGAGCGAAGCCAGGUGGUUGCCGUGGGAACGCCAUUACCUACAGCAUCACUUCCUGCAGGGGCUCACCAGGGGCCAGUCAUGCUGACAGCCAAGAAUAUCCAGUGUAUGCGGUCCUUGCUGUCGGUGGCACAUUGUAAUGGGGGGGUCCUUGGAACAGCCUGGCAUCUCGUGCUGACCACUUUACAGCACUUGGUAUGGAUUUUGGGUCUGAAACCUUCAGCAGGAGGAAGCUUAAAAGCUAGUCAGCAGAUCUCUGAUAGUUCAAACGCAGUGAUCACCACGGCCGUCAUGUCCGAUCUACCAGUCCUGGCAUCCAUGUUGUCCAGACUCUUUGAGAGUUCACAAUACCUUGAUGAAGUUGCUCUCCACCAUUUGAUUGAUGCCCUGUGUAAGCUGAGCAGUGAGUCCAUGGAACUGGCCUACACCAACAGAGUACUCUACUUUUCAUGGGAUGCAGAACCGUCCCUGUUUGCUGUUGCUAAGCUACUGGAGACAGGACUAGUCAAUCUGCACAGAGUGGAGGUGCUAUGGCGACCAGUGACCAAUCAUCUGUUAGAGGUGUGUCAACACCCACACCAGGGCAUGCGGUGCUGGGGGGCAGAGGCUGUGACCACAAUGGUGAAGGCUGCCCUCAGUCACAAAUACGACACCGAGCUCCAUCAAAACGUGAAGCUACAGUCGAUGAUUCUGGGGCCCCUGCAGGAGCUGUCCUACAUACCCCAGGCUGACAUCAGACAGAGACAGCUAGAGUGUGUCCUUCAGGUCCUCCACAACAAUGGGGACAAACUGGUGCAUGGCUGGCCCCUCAUACUGGGGGUCAUAGGGGCACUCAACAACGACCAGGGGGAGAAGCUAAUUCAGACGGCCUUUCAGAGUCUGCAGUUGGUUGUUACGGAUUACCUUCCCAUCAUUCCUUGUGUUUACUUACAAAACUGUGUAGAGGUGGCAGCAAAAUUCGGUCUCCAGAACCGGGAACUUAACAUAAGUCUCACAGCCAUUGGACUUCUGUGGAACAUUUCUGAUUUUUUCUACCAAAAUCGACAACGAAUCGAGAGCGAGUUGGCAGCUGCCCAGUCACGGGAGCCAGGGAGUGAUGUCCCUGGGGGUGAGGUGCCUCCGUUCGAUGCCCUGUGGAUGAGUCUGUACGUCAAGCAGGGUGAGCUGUGUGUGGACCAGAGACCGGCGGUCAGGAAGUCGGCCGGACAGACACUGUUCUCCACCAUCAGUGCUCACGGCGGGCUCCUUCAGACCAACACCUGGAAGAAGGUGGUCUGGCAGGUGCUGUUUCCACUACUGGAGAAUGUACAGAAAUUAUCCAGCACCGCCUCCAAUGUCAAAGACGAGGCCGCCACUGGCAACAUUUUAAUCCACCACUCGCGGGAUACAGCUGAGAAGCAGUGGGCCGAGACCUGUGUUCUCUCACUGGCCGGGGUCGCUCGCACCUUCAAUGCCAAGAGGAAAGUUUUACAGACCAUCGGUGAUUUUCCUCGGGCCUGGUCCCUACUGUUAGAGUAUAUAGAAACAAACGCGAUGUGCAAUAACGCAGAAGUCUCUCUGGCUGCACUGAAGUCUUUCCAGGAAAUUCUACAGAUGAGCGGUGACCCAAAGGACAAGUCAGAUGAUCUGUUGACCUUGAUGAAGCCUCCUUCUGAGGUUGUGAUGUCAAGGUCAGAGGACACUAGCAAGGCAUUGCCAAGGUCAUCAAGUGAAGAUAGUGACCUCGACCUUGCCCUAUGGACAGCUGCAUGGAAAGUGUGGUUAAACAUUGGAACCAGUGCCACCAAGCCGCCCCCUUCCCCCGGGGGUAAGGCACCUGACCGAGGGGUGUAUGUUCCCUCCCAGGCCUUUCUGACAGCCCUGAUUCAGACUUUUCCGCCUCUGUUUGAACACAUCAAGACCCGUUUUGUGGCAGCCGAUUUACAGAAGUUGUCAUCAGUACUGAAAACCGCCCUCUGUGUUCCUGUCCAUGGCGACGCGUCACCUUUCAUUAUCCCAUCUUUCCCCGACGUCACCACAACGCCCCUACAAGAGGCUUCACUUGCUGCAAUGGAGGUUCUCAUAAAGGCUGUACAGUCUGGACCAGAGUCCAUGCAGUCUAUGUAUCCAGACAUCUUUGACCAACUGCUGACCUUCGUUGAGUUCGGAGUCCAGGUCCCAAAGUUUGGACAGCUGGAGGCAAAAGCCUUUGGGGCUGUUAAAGGUCCACAGGUGGACUGGGUGACCAUGAACUUUGUCCCCUUUGCUGAAAAGUCUGUGGAGAUGGUGGUGAAUCUGUAUGGGGUCAGCGCCAAGCAUCCAGUCGUUGUGCAGGCUCAUGUUCUCCAGAAAAUAAUUCAGACGUUCCGCCUCCCCCUGAGUUACAAGUACACCUGUCCGUCUCCAUCUACCUGGGUGCUGGUGAUUAACUCUCUUCUGACUGUCCUGGGGGUGGGGUUACCUGUAGCCAGAAAGCAAGGAGCAGCAUUUCAAGACAUGUGGGGGGAACUGGCCAGGACCUUGGAGGACUUCUUGUUUCCCAAACAACCCUCUCCAUCUACCUUAUCAAUGGAGGAUUUCCAGAGAGAUGAAGCCAUUGACUGCAAGGUUAUUCAGAUGAUCAGAGAUGACAUCCUGUCCUACUCCUCCACCAUCCCUGCCGACUUUGUCAAACAGAUCAUGAAACUCCUCAACAGGGGCUCCAUCCACUCCACAUCUUCUGACUCGUUCAUAGACACAGAUUCCAGCAAAAAACUACGGGAAGAAUUUGCCAAGACCUGCUUUGAAACCCUUCUCCAGUUCUCUUUCAUCAACAAGUCUAAAGGUGAGGAGGGAGGAAUAACCAAGAUGGCGGUGAUGUCACUUCUACAGCGGUGCCAGGAAGUGGUGCGUAAACACGUGGAUGAUGAACGACUCAGCGGAAAGUGUCCGCUUCCUAGACCUCGGUUGGCUGAGAUGGCCUCUGUCCUAAAGGCAAUCACCACAUUAUUGAGGUCACUAAAGCAAGCCCCACCAGGAAACGUAGAGAAACCAGUCUGGAAACUGGUUCUCCAGCUGUAUCCUUGUCUGGUGGACUGUACCACCUCCCCCUCUCCCAGCGUAUGUAAGGCACUCAGGGACGCCCUCCACGAGUAUGCUGACCUUCUCUCACCCCCGGCAACUGUCAUCACCAACGGGACAACCUGACACCUGAUCAAACCACCAGGAACAAAGUCAGACCAGGCCAGGAGCCUGGAGCUUGAGUGGAGUCACCCAUGUCGUGGUGGUUGGGUUUAGUCAUGUGAUAGUCAUGUGACCAUACAAGAGGAUAGACAUUUGUUUUGUGAUGGAAUGAGAACUUGAUCAAGAUUGAGACUUGAUAAAGAAGAAAGUUUGGACCAGGUCUUUUGUUUUAUUGACAUAUUCAUUUCAUACACACCGUAUUUAUCAAGGACGAUAGCUGUUGCAUUAAAAAUGUUAAAUAUUUUUUGUUAAUAUAUUAUUGUAUGGAGUGCUUGAACAUUCAUUUAAAUGUAGCAUGCUAGUCUUGGAAUGCAUCUUCAGAAAAUAGAUUACAAGGGGCUUCUACUGCAUUUACUUGAUCACAAGAAAUAUAGUGAAUGGUUGUGCGUGUUCUUGUUACUCCAUCAUAAAAUGACUGGGGGAUCUGGUGUUGAACGUAUCAUUAUUCAACAGUUCUUCAUUGCAAUUUUGAAUAGAUAAUUACCGAUAGUACCAUAUACAUAUAUUGCUGAUAUAUGUAGACUUCAAUGAUGUCUGAAAUACACAAAUCAAGCAUAUUUUUUUAUAUGAUUCUUUAUUUAACAGAUUGCUAGCAGAAUAAAAUAAUAUUUAUAUCAUUCAAUGCAUAUUUCACAAGCUUUUAACAACUAUGAGCUUCUAUUAUGGCUCUGACUGGGAGAUAAACAAAAUUACAUAUUUUUUGUUGCUAGGCUAGAAUAGUCUGUUUGGCAAAAAUAAUGUCCACUGUAUACAUUUGUUUAGAAACUGGUUGAUUUCAAUGUACAUCUUAUAUUUUUUAAAAGUAUGAGAUAAAUUUUUGAUUGAAGAGGCUUAUCUGAUACCAUUAAAAUCGAAUUUCAAAACCAAAAGUCAACAUAGUUGGUGAUAUGUGAUGUGUUGAAGUAUAUAUCUUAAUAAAUGUUAUUUAUACUAUCCUAGAUUUUAGGAUUUUUUUUGUAUUGACAGUAAUAUUAUACAUUGUGAAUUUGUUUAUAUAGAAAAUCUAUUUUGCUUACUGAUAGAUAAAUAAUAACUUAGCUUUA